CGAAAUGCUACCAAAUCACUAUGGUUAAUAUAGCCGCCCUUAAUUCUCUAAGCCUAAGGUAUCUAUGAUACACUGGAGAAGCUUGUAACUUACAACACCAAUGCAAUACUGAUUUGAAGGAAAAAUUUAACGUGGAAACUUAAAGAAGAUGGAUUCAAAUGAAAAUGACUUCAAGCGUCGGACGUCACUCUCAUCCAGUCUACGUCGACUUCAAAAGCGGCAUGGCACGAUGUCGGCAGGUGAUCUGGAGCUUAUCCAACACGACUACGCGCAAAACGAAACCGACGUCGAAUGUCGACCGAAUCCUGAUGGAAAGUCCAGAGACAACGUUCAUCAUUCUUCAGAAUCUAAAGUAUCAAAAGCGAAGGAAAAACUUCUCGUGUUUAGAAGAAACUUUGGACCAUUACAUUGCACAGCAAUACUCCUCGGCGUCCUCAUCAGUUUCGGAUCAUUAUUUUCAGUACGGGAAAUUUUUGUGAAUUGUGGGGGUCUCCUUCCCGCGCUUUUAGUAUGGCUGUCUGCUGGAGCGAUGAUGUUCGUAGGAGCACAGUGUUACUCGGAGCUGGCGACGUCCAUCCCCAAAUCGGGCGGGGACUUCGUGUACCUCUACCACGCCCUCCCCACACCCAUGCCCGCCUUUAUGCAGGUGUGGAUGGGCCUAGUGAUGGGGUCUGGGGCAACUAUUUCAGCUCUCGCGAGGAUGGGCGGGGUCCAGUUCCUCAAGUUGGUGUGCAGACGGUGUGAUGAUAUCGAUAGAUCUUCGCCGCUCGUCAUCCUUGUCGCAGCCCUCAUCAUUUGUUUACUUAUCAUGAUGCAUUGUCGCAGCUCUCUCAUAUCAGCAUGGGUUCAGGUAAUCCUGACAUGUAUUAAGCUCGUCUCAUUCACUUUCAUCAUCGUUCUUGGGUUCGUUCACCUCGCCACUGGACGGACAUCGAACUUGAGUGAAAAUUUGUGGUAUCCCCUGCCGACUAAUGAGGCAAGUCCCAUGGUGGCAUUCGCUGUCACCUCCAUGUCCUUCUCGGGAUGGCAAACUCUCAGUUUUGUUACAGAAGAGAUCAAGAAAACAGAGAGGUAA